AUGUUUUGUAAUUCUGAUGAAGAAACCAUUUUUCAUGUCUUGGUUGGCUGCCAUUUUGCUCAAUCAUGUUGGCAUAGGUCGGGUGUGGGAUUACAUUUCUCUGCAGAAUCUACCUUCGCCGAUUGGUUUAAGGCAUUUCUAUCAGGGGGUAGAGUGGCUUUGGUGGAUGAGCUCUUGAUGGUAGCAUGGGGUAUUUGGAAAGCUCGAAAUGAGCUUCUUUGGCAGGGUCAUUCUUCUCAGGCUGCAGAUGUGGUUCGGGUGGCAAGGUCGUGUCAUUCUAGUUGGCUGUUGGCUCAAGAGAACAAGUUUGAACCGCUGUUGUUUGAUGCUACUGUUGUUGGUAGCAGUGUUUGUUGGGUAAGGCCGCCUCCUGGAAAGCUGAAGAUCAACACGGAUGGGGCGAUUUUUGAGGCAACAGCUCAAUAUGGUACGGGCAUGGUCAUUAGGGAUUGUCAGGGGAAGUUAAUCGAAGCUAGUUCCUCUUUGCAUUCUGGGGCUUGUCAGCCGGCUGUGGCUGAAGUAUUGAGCGUCAAGGAGGCCCUUAAUUGGUUAAGUCGAAGAAUUUGUCCAAUGGGAUAG